CGGCGAACGGGGAAGGGAGAGGUGAGACCUCUGCUACAUCGUGUCGGGCAAGCUCCAGGAUGUCCGAACCCCGGGCCAGGAUUAACCCUUUUCCGCAUGUGGAUGCACUCUGGCUCGCGUCCGAGAAUAGCUCUGGACAUUUCCCGGGCGACCCACGGAGCAACUCCGCAAGGGAGCUCGCUGGAGUUGCUUUGCGGUAGAUUGGGCUGGCCGGUCUCUGCGAGAGGGCGCUUCGAACAUCAGAUCAGGAGGCUGAUGCAACUGCAGCGGCCGUCACGCUUGACUUGCUUGAGAGGCAAAGCUGGCGCGCCACGAGUGGGAUGCGUCAUCCCAACCGCCCAGCGAGUUGCGUCUUUAAGUUCCCGCAUCACACGCAGAUGCGCGCUGCAGGAUCGCGCCAGCUGUGGCACUGCGCAAGGCCUGCGACCACCUCUAGCACGACAGUCAGUCUUGUUUUUGCGCAACCUAACGCGCGCAACUCGAUCCAAUAUCGCGCGGAGAAGGGGCAGCUGGUGCCGGCAAAUGCGCCCGAAAAUGAAAAGUUUUUUUGCCCAAACAACGAAAAAACUUCUCUGUUUGGGUUGACCCCUUUUGCAUUUUGCACGUUCAUAUCCUCUGGUUGUUGAUUCACAACUUACACGAUGUUCGCGCUCUCGUUUUUCUUCCGGCAUCAAAGCCCAAACUGUGUCGGUGUAGCAGCAGCCUUUCUGAGAAAGGAACCAUCCAUGUGCUGCUGCUGGCAGAUUCAAAUGUAAGGAAUGGUCGACCUGAGAAGUAUGUAAAAAGUUGAAUAGUGCCCGCCCUGCAUAGAAGACGUUCCUAAAGUGGAAGAAAAGAUGGUGGCCACGUCGGUAGUUUUGUCUUCGCUUGCCAGACUUUUCCGUCUGUUUUCGCCCACUCUGAUUCUCGUUUCCGCAACCGGCUAUUACCCCAAUCCGGGGGAAGCAUUCUAUUGUGGGGAAAAUAUGGACUGCUACGCCAUCCUCAGCACUACAAAGACUGAAGUCGACGAGUUGGCGUUGCAAGCUGCGACGGAGAUUAACAAAGAAUCGCAUGUGUUGCGGAAGUUUUUGAGGAGGAAAUUCCGGGCCGCGAGUUUGCAAGCGCAUCCAGACACUGCGGCUGCUACUAGUAGAGGUGCUUCAUCAAACAAGGAGCGAACUAGUACAUCAAGACACGAAACAUCAGAACAAGAAGGAACUGGUCAACAUGAAGAACAGCACAAAAAUUUCCACGUUCUGAAAUCCGCGUUUCAGGUCCUCACCACGCCGAAAGUGCGCAUGGCCUACGAUUACUUUCAAGCGAACCCGGACGAUGAGCAGGUCUUCCUCGAAGCCUACUACGUCGACCGAAGUUUCGCCAGGGAGCACGCGAGGUUUUACCAGUACAAAACGAGUACUAGCACGGGAGCUGAUAUUGAAGAUGACACAGACGAUGCGGAAGGCGACUUCAGUUCAGCAUUUUAUUCCCACCCUGACGCGACCUGGGACCAGCGGGUGGCGCUGUGGGUGUUCGCGCACUUGCAGCAGUCAUGGCUGGCGAAACUGUCGGAGACACAGUUUGCGUGUCUUGGCUUCUGUUUACUGCUUGUACUAAUCUCUGCCGUGCAGUACAUUCACCGUGUCGGAAGAUACCAGCGCGCGAUACGGCAGGUGGUCGGAAGUCAGGCGUUCCAGGCCCGGGUGUACAACGAGAUGAAAAGGAGCAAGGAUUAUAAUGCUGGAUCAAACGCAAAUGACCUUGCACUUGCCGGUAGCAGCUCCCUGAACCAGGAAAGCACAAGGGAUCAUGGGAGCAGGGAGAAUGUAGUUGCACCAGCGGCCGUUGCAAAAAAGCGGAACAACAAUAGAAAAGCCGCGAAUGAUCGGAUCAGAGACAAGGAAGUGAAGCAAAAACGGCUGGAAGACGCUGCGAUGGAGGUUUUUACGAAUCAGGUCGAAAUGGAGGAGGAAAUGCCGAACUGCGCGGAUCUGUUUCUCUGCUGGUGUCUAGCAUUACCCUGGAAAUUUUGUUUGAAAGGGAUUCUGCACAAAAAAACCUUUGACAAAGCGAUCACUCCUGGCAUGUUUGAAGAAAGCAAUCUUUCUGGUGUGACUACAUCCGAUCUUUAUCCCGUCCCUUCCAAAGAGCCAGCUGCCUCGGUCGCUUGUUGGUCUGG